UCAAUCAUUUUAUUUACUCCUGAAAUGCAAGAUGGCUUCCUUGAUUAUCUCAGAAGCUUCGGCACUGGAUACAUCUGCCCAGAAUAUAACUUCUUUGCACUAAAGAACUUUUCAGAACUUAGUGUGGACGGUGAAUGGAUAAACAUUCGAGUUGUACCAGCAAUUACGUAUUUUAAUACAAAAACUGUAGCCCCCAAAACAGAAUAUAGACCAGUUUAUCUGUGUGGGGUCUCUGCGGCUGCCGCUGCGGUGAGGCGGACGGUUCUCACAUUAACGGUCCAAAUGGCCGAACCGAGGAAAGUACCCUUUGUGACCGUGUCGGCUUUUAGCUCCGCAGCAGCCGCCGACCCACGGAACCCCCGACUGGAGGCCGACGCCGUAGAAUGUCCCGGGAUAAAUGGGCGGUCUGGGGGUGCGGAGAUUGGGGCCGGGGUCAGCUCCGGUUUGCCAGGUACCGAUGCGGCCGGUGACAGGGGCGAUGGCGGCCCGAGGCGCAUCACGGUGCGGCUCAACCUCCGCCUCUCCGAGCCCAGCGCUCGGCGAUCCGCCGAGUUCAGCUACGCGGAGCUGGUCCAGUCCUCCGAGACAAGAAAGCCCCUUGAAAGACUCACACCUGCCUUUGACCCAAGUGACCCCUUUGCAGACGAGGAGAGGGAGAGACGAGAAGUUGAGGGGCUGGCCAGGAAAUUCGAGAGCAAAUACGGCACUUCUAGUAGGAGGAGAAGGACAGACCGAAUGCAGGACCUGAUUGACAUCGGCUUCGGCUAUGACGAAAGUGACUCCUUUAUAGACAACUCAGAAGCUUAUGAUGAGCUGGUUCCAGCCUCCCUAACCACCAAGCUCGGAGGAUUCUACAUCAACACUGGGACCCUGCAGUUCCGGGCAGCUUCUGAAUCUGAAGGGGAGGAAGCUGGAAGAGAAAAAAAAGGCUUCCAGAAGCUGAAAGGCGGAGAGGAACGAGUGGUUAGGAAAAGGAAGAAGAAGCAAGAUGGUAGCAAUGCGGAGGAAAAGAAGGUCAAAAAGGUCAAAGAGCCCAAACAGAGAGUUCUGUCUUUGAAUGCCCAUCGACCGGAGAAGAAAAAGCGGAAACAGCUGAUGAAAGACUCCCUCAGUCUGGCCGCUAUGGUCCGCCGCCUCACACCGGACAAGGGCUCCAGCGGAGGGUGCCGGACCCCAAACGGGACACCAGCGCCCCGCGUGCCUCCACACCCCCACCCCCACCCCGUGCCCCAUGUGACCCCUCCCUCCACCCACCUGUCGCUAGACCCCGCCUUGAUGUCGCUGCUGCACUCGACCAAGGGCAGCCCCCUGCUGCAGAACCUUGUGGGUGACCUUGACCUGUCCCAACUGGACCGUCCGCUGCCCCCUAGUUCUGUCCAGGGGGAGAACGGACUUCCAGUAGCAGGGGUGGGUCAGAAGUCGUGCGGGGCUGUCUUACCGAAGGCCCAGGGGCCUCAAGGGUUGAGUGCUGGCCUCCUGAAACCUCCAACGCUCCCCAGCGGCCUGCCUGGUUCCCUCGUGAAGCGCAUUGAAGAUCUCCGAGUGGCAUCUCGUCAGUUCGAUGAGGAAGGGAGGAAGAAAUUCUUCACUUUGGAGAUGAACAACGUCCUUCUGGACAUUGAGCUGCAGGUGCAGAAGCACCCCAUGUCUGUGCGCUCUGCUGUCUACUCACACCUAGAGGCAUUCGUGCCCUGCAGCAGGGGGGCGCUAUUGAAGCGACUUAAGAAACUCAGCAACAGCACACGGGCCGGCUCCAGCUGCGUGCAGGCCGGCUCCAGCUGCGUGCAGGCCGGCUCCAGCUGCGUGCAGGCUAGCCCAGCUGCGCAGGACGACCAGGUGAAAAUGCCACUGCUGCGACUGAAGCUGGCGGUGUGCAGUGCGAUGCCCGCGCAGAUCGCCAAAUACAACAUGGACCUCGACGCCAAAGCCGCCAAGCAACAGUCUGAGGGGCUGGAGAGGAACGCCUCCGAGGAGGAGGACGAGGAGAAACCAGGCCGCAAAGCGGCAGGCCUGCGGAAGAAGUUCAUCUGGGACGACAGACUCAGGACCCUGCUUUGCAACCUGGUGCGCGUGAAGCUGGCCUGUUAUGCGCAGGAGCCGCGGGGGCCGCUGUCUGCGGAGGACUACCUGAAGGCCUUCAUGGAGACCGAGGUCAAGCCCCUUUGGCCCAAGGGCUGGAUGCAGUCCAGGAUGCUGUUUAAGGAAAGCAGACUUGUUCACAGUCACCUUACUGGCAACUUAGGCAAGAAGAAGAAAGUGAAGCCCAAGCCCCCCCCAGUAGUGGCCCCGCCUCCUUCAGCUCCAGCCCCCUGCCAGUCCAGCGCCACCCCCAUGGAGACGAUCUGCCUCUCGGACUCCCAGGAUGAAGACCAAGACCCCCCGUCGGACGUGUCCCGUGGCCCCACCCACCAGGGCGAUGCUGCUAAGGGUGUGGCCCAAAGCGACGGCCCUCCAGUGGCUCCGCCCCUUUCCAGCUUCCCUGCGCUGGUCUCCCUCCCUUGCUCCGCCCCAAAGGGAGGAGCCACUAUCACGCCGGCACCCAAGCCCAAUCCAGCUGGGUCCCUCUCCCCACCUAAACCAAGGCCAGCGAAUCCUGCCUGUCUGUUACCCCCCCAGCAGACUGCUUUUUGUAAGCCUGCGAUAAAACACGGGUUGGUCACACCUUCCUCAGGGCAAACCACUCCCUCCCCAGGCCGGUCCCCGCCUUCAUCUCGGCUAGCCCCGCCCCUAAACGGACUCUCCCUUCCAAAGCCUGUGCUGGCCACGCCCUCACCUGGCCCAGUCAAAAGCAGUAACCAAUCCAGCUAUGGCAGCAGCAGUACCAGCCGCAGUCUCUUUCCUCAGGCUCGGCUGAGUGGACUUGCCUCUCCCCACUUGAACCAUAAAAGUUCUCUUAAAACGCCGCAUUCUUCUCUCCACAAAGGAACCUCCACUGCUCCUCAGACCUCAUCAUCCUCGUUGCCGCCCCCAAAUCCCAGCCCGCACCAGAAUAGCAUUUCUAACUUCAUCACCCCUAUGCAGGCCACGCUCACCAAAUCCUCACACAGCAACAACCCUCCCAUCAUCAAGCUGAGCCCCCGGCCGCCUGCUCCUGCCCCCCAGGUUAGUGCUGGACAGACUGGCUACAGCCCGACCGGAGUGCAGAGCGCCCCCCUCCACGGCAGCGUCUCCGCAAGUUCGGCGAGAACCAUGCCCGUUUCGAGUCAUGUGGUCUCCAGCUCUGCCCCAGCAGUCGUGUCGACCAAUCACGGACAGCAUAUGAGAGCCGGGGGCGGGUCCAGUCAGACGGCCAAGUCAGGCGUUGGCCUUGUGUCUGUUGCAGGUCUGAGUGGCCCUGUUACCUCUCAUCUGUCGCAGGGCUCCUCCGCGGGGGGCGUUCUGCUGGGCCCUGGGCCCCCCCCACUCUCCCUGGGCCUCGGCCUUCUGGGGGGUCUGGUUCCCGUCUCCUUGCCCUUCCAGUUCCCACCUUCCCUGCUUAGCCCGGCCACCGCGGGGAAUCCCACCGGGGGGAACGGCACGGUGCUGGGAGCCGGCUCAGGAUUCAGCCCGACUCAGAAUGUCAGCCCCACUCAGGGAGGAGAGACCAAGAGGAAUUUGCACUGAAUGCAGAAAGGGCCGUACGGCCCUGGACCAAUCAGGAAGGAGGACAGUACUGACAGACAGUGGAGCUAACAAAUGGCAAUGUGUGAGAAGCUGGGGCUUCACCCAAUCAGAAAGAAGGAUACCUCGAGCAAGCGGAAGUGAUGAAAAUGGGGUAAGAUGUAGUGCGAUGAGACAACUCCAGAAAAUUAUUUGCUUUUCAUGUAAAACUGGUAAUAUAAUUGAAUAUCGCUAAGGACUGCUUUUGGAAUGGAUUCAAAACUAUUAUUUUUUACCAAUGGCUGAGAGAAGAGGGAGAAGAGAAUGUGCAAUGUGUUUCACCGCUGACACCUCUGUCCACUUCAUCUUUGUGCUUAUCAGUCUUUGUAUGCAACUUGCAAUUUUGUUUCUGUUUAUUUUACUUUAAUCCUCCCCCCCCAUGUCUACCAUACGACGGAUUUCAAGUGCAAUUUGGCUAUAGACUGUUGCUAAUUUACACUCAGAAACGUGUCUGUAUGUUUUCUAUGUGUAUUUGUUGCCUCGUCAGGUCCAGUUUAGGUGUUGGUGUUUCCCUUUCUGCUCCCAGUCUAACACAGUCUCCCAGGACAGGAUCACAUCACGCUUUGUGUCCUACUUGAAUUGUUUUUUUUUUUAUUUUGUCAUUAUGUUCCUCACUGAAAGGUGAGAUGUGCCUAGAAGUCUACAGCCAGCCUUAGACUGUAAUGAACUAUGCAAGGCAAUAAAUGGGUGAAACACUGUCAUCUGUGCAUUUGUGCUUCUA